CAGGCUGCACAUUUCUGGUCCUGCAAAGAACUCAGAAAGAAGUAAAAAUGGUGCUCUCUGGUGCUGACAAGGCUAACGUGAAGUCCGUGUGGAGUAAGGUGGGAGGCAACGCCGGUGCCUACGCAGGUGAAGCCCUUGCCAGAACCUUCCUCUCCUUCCCCACUACCAAGACUUACUUUCCCCACUUCGACUUGUCCCCCGGCUCCGCCGACGUCAAGGGUCAUGGUCAGAAGGUAGCUGAUGCCCUUUCCCAGGCUGUUGCCAACCUGGAUGAUCUGCCCGGAACCCUGUCCAAACUGAGCGACCUGCACGCCCAUAAGCUGAGAGUGGAUCCAGUUAACUUCAAGCUCCUCUCUCACUGCCUGAUCGUGACUCUGGCCUGUCACCAAGGACUUGACUCCCGACCUCGAAGUACCGUUAAGUUGAGAAGCCAGAGAUUUCCACUGCCUGCCGCCAUCAUCCGGGCUGCGGGCCCCUCGGUGUCCCCAAUCCCUUCCAUCCUGCUGGCGCAGAUGGGACGUCUCCGAAUAAAGUCUAAGCCUGCCACCGCUUGACUGUGUGCGUUUUUCUCCUGAAUCUGGGGCUGGGAUGCAGAGGUGGAGGAGGUGUGAAGAGCUACAGGGAACCCGUCCUGAAACAUGGUUCCUUCCACACCCCUGAAGAGAUGGAGGUGGGUAGAGAAGGCCUUGCAGCAGAAUUGCGAAAUCACCUGCACCAAAACAGCCUCCUGAGGUUUCCUGCCCUACCCCCUGCCCCUUUUGCAGACCCUCUCAAGCAUCCUCACUUCUACUCCAUUUUGUUUUUUAUAUGUGUUAUAGGCAACGACUGUGAUCUCUGUGUAGUAAGUUUGGGUUCUCUAAGGUCUUGCUCUGGAAGGAACUCCCUCAGGAGAACUGAGAAAGUUCAGUGUACCCACUUUAUUCUACUUGUUUCCUUAAUUUAAGUGUUUGCACAGAGACCUUGUUGCCUGAAUAUAUUCUGAUGAGACUGGAAGAUGAUAAAGUGAGAAGUGACAUCACUCUUCAACUGCUUUUUCAGACAGGGAAUGAGAGAGGCCAGUCCAGCACAACCCUUAGGUUCAACUCACUGUGGCAGUUGCAGCAGGGAAAGAAUAAGAUCAUUGAUACACCCUAUGGUCUUGCCAAAAACCUUGAGAUAUUCCAUAGGAAAACCUCUGGGAUGGGAUGUGGCAGGGGAAAAGGCAUUUCGGAGAAGAGGGGCACUCAGGUUAGAGUCAGAUGCAUUGGAUCUAGAGUCAACUUCUUGCUUAUUUCACUAUCUGUACCUCUCUUUCCUCUCGUCCCCACCCAAGGAAGGGAAUUACAACUGCUAAGUCAAUGGUCUUUUCUCCUUUCUUCACCUCAACAUCUGUGCAGCAUUUGAAACUUUCAACCAUUCUCUCUUCCAGAUGUUCUGUCUGGUUCUCCUCCUAUCUGAAUGGUCUUCCUCAGGUUCCUUGGCUAGUUUUUCAGUCAAAAACCUGCCUUCUAAAUCUUCUGUCCAGAGUCCAAAACUCUGUCUCAUGAUCUCUUCUCUUCUCUAGCCACACUCUAACUGGGUGCCUUCUGGAGUUCAAUGAGUUUAAUUAUAAUCUCUAUUCAGGUGACUCACACCCCUAUAGAGCCAACUCUAGUCUCUCUCCUGAGCUCUAUUCUCAAAUCUAAUAAAACUUUUCAACAUUUUAAACGGAAUGUAAAUAAAUGAUAUAUGAUAAAUAAGCAAAUGAAUAUAUUCUCAUGGAUUUCUCAAAUUUGACAUAUACAAAACAAAACUCAUUAUCUUCCCCUCCUGCUAAAUCACCCCUUUUUGAAAAUUCUAUAUUUUAGUCAUAUAACAACACCAUCUUUCCAGUCUUCCAAAUUCACAGUGUUAUCUUCAGCUCCUCACUCAGGUUCCAAAUGUCAGCAUUUCUAUCUCCACAGCAUCUCUUGUGUCCAUGUCCUUAUCAGUCCUCACCAGAAGGAACAAUGAUAAAGAAUAUCAAAGAAAGAUUGACCAAUUUUUAAAAAAAGAAUUAGAAACAAAGUUGAAGAAUUACUAAACAAAUUGUAGUAUGUGACUAUAAUGGAAACAAAAAUAAUAUUUUGGUUGAAGCAUUUCAAGAACAUUCAAGAAAUAUUUGUUUGAAAAGUUAAUUUAUUAAAGUCUAUUUAGGGUAGGGGUUGGCAUGGCCCCAAGAAUAUAGCUGUGUGUUUUCAGUUCCACCAAUUUUCUACCCUUUUCACUUCUAUGUUACUAGGGACAGGGAUAUACCUCUUGCAAUAGUUUUCUGAACCCCACACUAGCAACUUAAGAUUCUUGGGGCCCACCCUCAUUUAUUCUAUUUUUUUGAUGAACAAGAAAGAUAAAAAUAAGAGAUACAAUAUCAAUACCUUCAUAAAGGUAGAGGUCCAAAGGUGUUAAAUUUUGCACAUAUUUUUGGUUUUAUUCAAUGUAUUGUUAGUUGUACUAAUUUUUUCAUCUUUUUUUCUGUCUUAAAAAUACUAUUACAUAGGAUGGCUCUUUGAGAAGGAGAGGGAGAAGGAUACUGGGGAAAACUAUGGUGAUAUAAAAAACACUAAAAAAAUAUUUAUUUUAGGGGAAAAGAGCCAGGCCAGCUACAACUUCCUCCUCAGGAUUCUUGGGUUACCCUAAGGUAACUCUUCUCCAUUUGCUCAAUUCUCCAUUGUUUAUAGUUCUUCUACUUAAAAAAAACACACAUCCAUCUGUAUUAGUUACUACAAUUAGUUACAAGUGCUCUCACUGCCCCAGCCAGGCCUGCGCCCCACUCAGGGGCAGCAAUCCCCAGUCUCAGACUCUUAGGAAGGAUCUUGGCCCAGGAGGAAGGAUAGACAAUGGGAUGAAGGUCCCAGCAGGUACGGCACUCUCCUCUGCCCAAGAUGCUUGGGCCAGGGAGGCUGAGACAAAUUUGAAACUGGGGGAUACUGAAAAAGCUAGGGCCCAAGAAUAAGCAAUCAUGGCUAAGAAGACAGGGAAAGAUAACGAUAAAUGUUGGAGGGUUGUACAAAAACUGGGACACUAAUACAUUGUUGGUGGAGUUGUAGACUGAUCCAAAUAUUCUAGAGUUUGGAACUAUGCCUAAAGGGCUAUCAAACUAUGUAUAUCCUUUGAUCUGGCAAUGUCAGGUCUGUUUCCCAAAGAGAUUAUUAAAAAGAAAAAAGGACCUACAUGUGCAAAAAUAUCCAUAGCAGCUCUUUUUUGUAGUGGCAAGAAACUGGAAACUGAAUGGAUGCCCAUGAGUUGGGGAAUGAUGAAUAAGUUAUGAAUGCAAUUGAAUAUCAUUGUUCUAUAAAAAAUUAUCAGAUAAAUAAAUUAGAGGAACAUAGGAUAGUUUAUAAAAAAUUAUCAGCAGACUGAUUUCAGAAAGUCUGGAGGGACUUACAUGAACUGAUGCUAAAGAGAUCAUUGUACACAGCAACAAGAAGAUUAUACGAUGAUCAACUGUGAUGGAUCUGGCUCUUCAACAAUGAGGUGAUGCAGGGCAAUUCCAAUAGACUUGUGAUGGAGAGAGCCAUCUGCAUCCAGAAAGAGAGGUCUAUGGGGACUAAAUGUGGAUCACAUCAUUAGUUUUUUCACCUUUUAUGUUGUUGUUUGCUUUUUUUUUUCUUUCUCAUUUUUCCCCUUUUGAUCUGAUUUUUUUGUAUAGCAUGAUGAAUAUGGAAAUAUGUUUGGAAGAAAUGCACAUCUUUAACCUAUAUCAGAUUACUUGAUGUCUAGAGAAGAAAGGAAGGAAGAAGGGAGGGAGAAAAAUUUGGAACACAAGGUUUUGUGAGAGUGAAUGUUGAAAACUAUCUUUACCUAUAUUUGGAAAAAUAAAAAGCUAUUAUUAUUUUUUAAAAGAGAAUAGCCAAUCAUUCAGAUUUGAAUGCAGAGGUUGGGAGGUGAACACAGUAGUGAGGAUUGAACCAGUUACUAACUUUUACUUUUGUUUGGCCCAGGAAUCAAUAAUAAAAGCCCUAGGGUUUUGAGGUCCAGAAUGAAGAGCUAGAAGAUUGGUACCUAUCACAAGGGUGUCGUAGGCUGGGGGGGUUUGAAGAUAAGACAUUGCCACAGCAGAAAUGGAGAGCAUGAAGCUGCUGGUAUCUUCAGAGUUUUGACAGGUCACAAAACUGAUAAAGGAACAAUAGGCAGCAAUCCAGACACAGCACUUCAACAUGAGGUCUUAAGGGCUGAGGAUCAUUCCCAGAAGGUUUAACUAGUCCAAGUGGGAUAUUCCAGAGUCGGGAUGUUCUCUGUGGCUGGUGACUUGUACCUGGGAUCACAAAGGUGACAUCUCAAAGCCCAGGGAGCAGAAUCAACAAAUAGACAUUUUUGGAAUCACUUUCCUUUCCUAAAUCUCUAAGCACAGGGAACAAGUUGUGAAGGAGGCUUUCCCAACCUGGGAUGUAUAAAAGCCAGAAUCAGUAAGCUCAGAAAAUCAAGCCAAGAAAAACAGCUUUUCAACACAGGAUCUUCAAGUGCAGGGAAGACACAUAAUCAACUUGUCUAACUCCGAUCUUUCAAUGCAGGCUGAGGAGUCUAGGGAAAUAAUUUUCCCUCAUAGGAUCUCUAAGUGCAGGUUGCAGUUAUGGAGUAUCUGGAAAUCUCUGAGUCUGAGGGGCAGAGGCAGGGCUGGUUUUUCACCUGAGCAUCUUGUUAGGACAAAGAUAGACAUACUAUUUGAGGACAUUGCCUGGCGGAGUCUAUCUACUUUUCCAUUCCAGGAUCUAGUACUCUAGAUAUAAUUUACCACUUAACAUCAAUGAACUUUUACCAAGUGAUACUGGCUUGAAAGAUUUUAGUAAAAAACAAAAGGACAAACAUUUCAUUUAACAAGCAAAUGAGAGGAGCAGGGAAGUGAAUAUCUUUUAUAACAACAGAGAAGGGAGAAAUACUUUUACCAAAGAAGCUUCUAGAGAGGUUCAUAGGAAAUAAAAUGAACAGUUUUGAUCUGAUAAAAAUUGAAAAAAAAUUUGCAAGUAAAAUUAUAAGGAAAAUAGUCAACUGGGUAUUUCCCAGUUUCCCAAUUUUUCCCAAAUUUCCCCAAAAUGUAUCUGAUUAUGGCCUGCUAUCCAAGAUAUACAGGGAAUUAAUACAAGUGUAUAAGAACAAGAGUCAUUCCUCAAUGGUAAUUGAACAAAGGAUCUAAACAGACCAUUUUAUUUUUCUUUUCUUCUCAACAGUAUUUUAUUUUUCCAAAUACAUGUAAAGAUAGUUAUUAAUAUUCAUUUUUGUAAGGUUUUGGGUUCCAAAUUUUUUCCUCUCUCCUUUACAUCUCCUUCCCCAAGGCAAAAAGUAAUCUGAUAUAUAAGUUGUGUAUUUACAAUCAUUUUAAAUGUAUUUCCAUAUUAGUUGUGCUAUGAAAGAAAAAUCAGAACAAAAGUGAAAAACCUUGAAAAAGAAAAAGAAAACAACAACAACAAAAGGUGAAAAUGGUAUGCUUUGAUCGACAUUCAGUCUCCAUAGUUCUCCCUCUGGAUGUGGAUGGCAUUUUCCAUCCCAAGUCUAUUGGAAUUGUCUUGAAUCACUAUGCUGCUAAGAAGAGCUAAGUCUAUCCUAGUUGAUUUAUCACAUAAUCUUGCUGUUGUGUUCAGUGUUUUCCUGGUUCUCCUCAUUUCACUCAGUAUCAGAUCAUGGAAGUCUUUCCAGGCUUUUCUGGUCAACCUGCUCAUCAUAUCUUAUAGAAUAAUAAUAUUCCAUUACAUUCAUAUGUCAUAACUUAUCCAGUCAUUCCCCAAUUGAUGGGCAUGCACUCAAUUUCCAAUUCCUUGCCAUUACAAAAAAAACCACUACAAACAUUUUUUGUACAUGUGAGUCUUUUUGCCUCUAUUAUGAUCUUUUUGAGAUACAGACUCAGUAGUGACACUGCUAGAUUAAAAGGCAUGCACAAUUUGUUAGCCCUUUGGGCAUAGUUCCAGAUUGCUCUCCAGAAUAAUUGGAUAAGUUCACAAUGGUCUAAAAUAGACCAUUUUCAAAAGAAGAAAGACAAGAUAAACAAUCAUCAAUAUAUGAAAAUAUUCCAAAGCAUUAAUAAUAAGGAAAAUAAAAUAUGACUUUCUACCUCCCAGCUUUCCAAUUGGGAAAGAUUGACUAAAAAAGGAUAGGGUAAUGACAAUUGUAGGAGGAAUUGUGGAAGAACUAACAAACUAAAGUACUCUUGAUGGGGUUGUGAAGUACUCCAACCAUUCUGGAAAGUAAUUUGGAAUUAUAUCCCAAAAGUCACAUUCUUUGAAUCCCAUUUUUUCUAUUAUCUUUCCCAAUUAGAAGACUGGGAGGUUCACCUUCAUUAAAAAAAAAAAAAAAAAAACAACCUAAUUUGAUCUUUCCAUAUCCAAUAGAUACAUUUCAAAUCUCUCCUAUCUUUUGUGACUAAACUCCCUGAGAAAUCCAUUUACAGUGAUACAUAUCUCCACCUCCUUUUCUUCACUCUUGUCUCAAUUCUUUACAAUCUGUUUCUGACUUUCUUUUGCAACAUUUAAUAGAUACUUCUCUAUCCAAAACUAGUGAUCUCUUAUUGCCAAAUCUAAUAGCUUUUUUCAAUAUUUAUCUUUCUUGAACUUGGAUAUGUUCAAUUUAAGAGGUUUAUAAGACAUCCAGUUUGACAGUCUGCAUUACUAAGAUUGAUCCUGUCAAUCACCCUCUUCUCCUUGGUAUUCUCUUCUCUUUAGGUUUUCCUAGACAGAAUAUUAUUUUAUCUUCACAAUUCUCCUACCUACCUGAUAAUUCCUCCUUUGUCUCUUUUGCUAGGUAUAAAAAAAGGGUAUUCCUUUGGUAGGCAUUUAUUCAGAUAAUUUUGUUAAUACUCCAUAUCCCACAUAUCUAUUCUGGGUUCUCCUUUCUUUUCUCUCUUUAUUAUUUCAUUUGAUGUUUUCAUCAGCCCCAAUUAAUUUAAUUGUUAUCACUAUGCUGAUGAUUCGCAGAUCAACUUAUUCAGCCGUCAUCUCUCUCCUAAUUCAAAAUUCCCUUUUUCGACUGCCUAUUGAACAUCUCAGAUUGGAUGUCCUGAAAAUAUCUUAAAGUCAAGAUAUAUAAACCCUAAUUCUUUAUCUUUUUUCUCAAUCUCUCCCAUGUGCUAAAAUUCCUUAGUGCUGUCAAGAGCACCACCACCUCAGUAAACCAGCUUUCAAGAUAGAUGUCUCACGGACCUUUUAAACUCACAUCCAAAAUGAAAUCUAUAAUUGAAUGGAUGCCCAUCAGUUGCAGAACGGCUGAAUAAGUUAUGACAUAUUAAUGCAACAAAAUGUUACUAUUUUACAAGAAAUGAUCAGCAAACUGAUUUCAGAAAAGCCUGAUGCUGAGUCAAAUGAGCAGAACCAGGAGAACAUUGAAACAGUUACAGCAAGAUUAUGUGAUUAUCAACUGUGAUGGACUUGGCUCUGCUCCACAAUGCAAUGCGAUUCAAGAGAAGUCCAAUAAACUUGUGAUGGAAAGAACCAUCCAUAUCCAGAGAACUAUGAAAAUUGAAUGUGAUUCAAAGCAUAGUAUUUUCACCAUUUUUGUUUGUUUAUUUUUCUGGGCCCAAUCAAAACCUAUAAAUCACAAACUAAGAGUAGAACCCAUCAUAAACUUGGACUAUUGAGGCAAGUAAAAGAGGGUAAAAGGGAAAAAUAAGGGACCUGAGAGUGAGGGUGGAUUCUCCAGGGCAGCAGUAAUAUAUGAAUUAUAUGAAGUGCUCAUUGCAGAAUGAGAAGUUUGAAUAUAGGAAAUGAUAGAGUUCUUGCUCAAUGGAAGCAUUUCAUGAAAAAAUUCUAAAGCAGAAGAAUCAGAUGAAAUGGGCUAACAUAUGUACCUAUCAUGGUCCAACCUCAGUUUCCUUUCUUUUCCCAAUAUCUGGCAUAAUCUGUGACUGUAGUAUUGACCAAUCAGCUCCUUGAGGAGUUCUUUGUGGUGUACCCCUUCAUGGACCCAUUCCUGUGCAAUUUGAUCUCUGUGUUCAUCUCUAAAUACUGUCCAACUAGUAUCCCCUUCAGUAAUUACACCCCAUCCCUUGGGCCUCUAAACCCCUCCUCCCUUCCUACCUGCUGCAUAAUCAGAGGCAAUUAUCUUAGAAUAAAGUCUGAGUGCAUGGCAACCUGGCUAUGCAAACCCCUGCUCUGUGAUGGGGGAGUGGGGCAUUAGGGCCAUAGAGGAAGCACCAUAAGGUCACUGUGUUCCAUUUUCCUAAGUCAUUGACAGGCUCAUGUCCAGAGGACAGAUUGACAGAAAUGGGAGAGGCCGGAAGCCCAGCCCAGUCCUUUGCCGCCUGUAAUAUCUCCCAAGUAACCCCACCCACACAUGACUUAGGAGAUACUUCCAGAUACUAGAUAUUUCUACACUAUCACUCCCUGGGGGGUGGGCCUAGCUAGGUGGGGAAGUUAGGGUGACAAAGUCAAAACUCCCAAGGAGCUCCAAGUGUAGGGCCCUCACAUCCUCUUGGCUCUUUUGCAUGUUUAUGUUCUAUAUUCUCUUCCAAAACAACCUUUUUGCCAGAGUGCAUUUUGGGAGUGGGAAAAAGGAUUCUCUCAGAUGUCUGUGUGCAUGCAGCCCAACUUGGUAAACCCCCCACAUCGGGUUCAUGAUAGUUGGCCAUCCCUAGAACAAAGGAGGAAGAUAUCUAAUAUGUUGGUUAGAGACAGAACUCUCAGAUUGGUGAAAGUUGGGAGGGUUUGUAAUGAAACUUUAUAAAACUGGCUGGUCCACCAAAGGCCUACCUGUUGGAAGAUUGUUGAUCCAUCCUCCACACUUCCCCAGAUAUUUCUAAACUGGGAGUCAGAAGAUGUCCCUCUAUCAUUAUAUCACUACAUGACCUUGAAUUAGUUACUUCUGUUGGGGGAACCUCUGUUUCUCCUUCUUAUAAAAUGAGAAGGUUCAAUAUGAUAAGGUCCCUUCCAUCUCUGACAUUACAGAUUGCAUGUUCCUUUCCAGAUCUACUACUCUCUAUUCUAAGGCCCCUUCUAUAUAUUAUAGCAGCAUGGUAAAAUGGCAAGAGAAGUUGGAAUAAGAAGGUGUUAGUCCCUGCUCAAGUACUUAUUAAUCAUGUGACCAUGGGCAUAUCUUUUAAUGUCUCUGAAAUACAAUUUCUGCAUCAACAUAAAGAAAAUAAUAAUGCCUGUCCUAAACAAAGCUUAUAUCCAUUGACUGCAGAUUAGCUAAAUAAAUUAUAGUGUAUGAAUGUAAUAAAAUGUUGCUGUUCUGUAAAAAACAACAAAUAGGGAUAUGAUGAAUAAAGAAAAGCAUGAGAGGA